AUGCACGAGUAUUAUGUCCCGGGAAGAGCCAUAUCCGAUAAUAUCUUAAUCACUCACGAAGUGCUACAUUACCUCAAAAGAUCUGGAGCCACAAAGCGAUGCUCCAUGGCAGUGAAAACCGACUUGAGCAAGGCAUACGACAGGCUAGAAUGGAGCUUCAUAUCAGCGGUGUUGGAAAGACUAGGAUUCCAUGCUAAAUGGAUAAACAUGAUCCUCGUGUCAUAUGCCUUCCUCGUCAACGGAGCAGCUCAGGGUUCUGUACAUCCUUAG